AUGGCACAUAGCGAGAGGGCCGGAUUGGCAAGUGGAUUGGCAGGUUUAAGGAUUGAAACAAACUUUCAUGAGCGGAACAAGCCCAAGUGGGCAUAUGAGAAUGCUGGGAGGAAAGCGACAACAGUGGGCGAUGGUAUCGAGAGCGAUCACACCAAUCAAUCUCAUGAUUAUGCGCGUCGCCACGAUACUGAUGAAGACCGCAGUUUGUUAAGUGAUCUACACUCAGCGACCCCUCCCAUCUCCGUCCCUCGCCACAACGAGCAGCAUCACGCAGACGAUGCCGAAAACUUCCCACACAAGCCCGAUGACGUGCAAGGGUCCCCUCUCGACAGCUAUCUGCAAACUCGUCGACCCUCGAUCUCUUUCAACCCGACGGUCUCUGUGGACUCCGGCAACCAAAUUCCACUGGAAGAGCCACUGUCGAUGGGAGAUGUGAAGAGCCGUCCACCACAGAAAUUUGAGUCUCGUAGCUCUGGACUUCGGAAUGCCCUUUCACAAGAUGAUGAACAUGUUGAACCGAACCACCAGUCCCCGAACUGGAGUCCCAAACGAUCUCUGGAUCGGAGUUUCCCGACCGGGGAAUCCCGAGCCCAGCCCUUUGCAAGAUCUGAGAAUGGCUCGACCGCGGGCUCAGAGCUCGAUCGUCCGACGUCCCUGACAUCGCAGUCGACGGUAUCACCGGUCACGGACGAGGUACGAACCCCUCCCGAUUACUCCAGCCACACGUUGUUGUCGCCAGUUUGCGUACCGUCGCCAAGCGUGCCGUCGCCAACUCGAUCAUUUGCAUCGCCUGAAAACCGCAGCAACUCUUGGUCAGGAGGGAUCGCGACACCCUUCGGAAGCAAGCGCAGCUCUACCCUCGAUCGCAGCGGCAGUCUUCGGAUCUCCACCCGUCAAAGUUCUAGACGAUCGACUAACUCGAGUGGAAAGUCGCCCGCCAGUAUGUUUCUUUCCAUGUGGAACACCCUUGAAGAGCCUGCUCCCCAGCCUGAUGACGAAGGCCAGAUGGUUGGAGACGACUAUGUUCUCGGGAAGCAAAUCGGAUUUGGGGGUUUCAGUGCGGUGAAAGAGGCCUAUAAGGCCGAAAAGCACGGUGAAACCAAAAGACUUGCCGUGAAGAUCGUGAAAAAGCAGAUUACAGGGCGAAGCGAGCACGAAAACGACGAAGUGCAAGCCGAGUUCGACCACGAAGUGCGAGUUUGGCGGUACCUCAGCCACCCACAUGUAUUGACGCUCGAUGCCGUGUACGAAACAGAUUACGCCACGUUUUGCUUCACCAAACUUGCUAUUGGUGGCACUCUCUUCGACCUAGUCCGCCAAAAUCGAUCCGGUCUAGAUACGCAAUUAGCAAAGAAAUAUGCAUACCAACUAGCCUGUGCAAUCCGUUACCUGCACGAAGACGCCCGUGUGGUUCACCGAGACAUCAAGCUAGAGAACUGCUUGCUCGAUCCUAUUGAGUCUGCUGACGGCACGACAUCUUCGACCUUGGUACUGUGUGAUUUCGGAAUGGCGGAGUGGAUGUCCAUUGACACCGGUGGCGACUCUCCCGAUCCCUACGAGGAUGCCGCUGACCGUCCGCCGCCUCAACAAAUGGGCCCUGCCGGAUCCAGUACUAGUGUGGCGGGUAGUCUGGAAUACGCAUCGCCCGAGCUGCUUCAAUCAAUAGACGGUCUCAUUGACCCUUCAGUCGACAUCUGGGCCUUUGGCGUUAUCGUCUAUAGCGUGAUUGUGGGCUCACGGCCUUUCCAAGACUCUUUCGCUCCUCGCAUCCAAGCAAAUAUUCUCAGCGGCACCUGGGAUUGUAAUGCCGUAUUCGGUGACACUGUGGACGGCCACCUUCGCCAAGAUCGCCAGUAUGCCCUCGACUUGAUCCGCGGCUGCCUCGAAAUGGACCCCAGCAAGCGUUGGACUAUCCGCCAUGUACUAGCUUCGUCCUGGCUACGAGAGGUUCAUGAGACAGCUGAACCCUCACCCGAUACUGUGUGGAGACUUUGA